AUGUGCACUCAACAAGCGAAGUUUACGGUUGCAAAGCACGUAGUUGGUUUCACGAUCAUUGUAUUAGAUGGAUGUAUUUUUAUUUGGGCUGGUGAAAAGAAUCGUUUGGAUUUCCUAUGUUUUGCACAGCAAAUGAAGAGUAUGACUCUGAUGGAAGCGCCGAAGCCAAAUCACUUUACCGAAAGCUUCACUAUAAAAUUGAAUAAACUCUUUCCCAGCAAGCAGGUUUUUUUCUCAACAGAUAUCAACACAGACGAUUCAGCUUUCUGGGCAGAAUUGCUUCAAACGAUUUCAAAUUAUGCUUCAAAUCACAAAGAAUUUUUCGGUCUUUUACUUGUUUCGGUUUACUAUAUGUUGCGAGUUCUACGCCUUCGUAAUAUAUUGCAAAUUUGUGGCAACCAACGCUGUUUUGCUGGUGUUGAAAAAGGUGUUUUAAGUGAAAAAGAUAUUGAGAAUUUAAAGAAGACCCCACGUGGUAAAUUCGACCAACAUAAAGUACAAGGCGAGAGCAAACCUUAUGAUGAUCCGUUUCUCCCUAAACAUCCAGGAGGCGUUAACCCAGAAACUGGAGAAAUUGGUGGACCUGCCGGUCUAGAACCUACUCGUUAUGGAGAUUGGGAACGAAAAGGCCGCUGUAUUGAUUUUUGA